AUGGAGGAGGAUGAGGAGAUGCAAAGGGCGGCGGGGAAGGAGGAGGAGAUAUCGGUGAAGGAGGAGGAGAUGCAAAGGGCGGUGGGGAAGGAGGAGGAGAUGCUAGGGCUGGCGGGGAAGGAGGAGGAGAUGUCGAAGACGGCGGGGCUGGAAGAGGAGAAGAUGCCGACAGGCUCCCAGUACAUCAGAAGCUCACAAGGCCGAGAGGAACUCUUUGACUCUGUAGUUGAGAAGCUAGGAAUUGAGUGUACCAAGAAGCCCUCAUUAGAUGUUGCAUCUAGGUGGAACUCAACAUAUUUGAUGAUUGAGUCAGUUUUCCCUUACCAAGAAGCAUUUGUGGAGUUAGGGAAACAAGACAAGCAAUUUAAAUUUGCGCCUUCAGAAAAAGAGUGGGCUUUGGCUGAAGAACUCCGAAAGUUAUUACGGACCUUCUUUGCAGCAACAAAGGUGGUGUCAGGUACAAAAUACCCUACAUCAAAUAGAUAUUUUCAUGAAAUAUGGAAUGUGAAGGUGUUGUUAGAUAGACAAGCCAAGAAUAAGAAUGUUAUCAUUGCAUCAAUGGUACAUGAAAUGCAUGAAAAAUUUGAUAAGUACUGGAAAGAAUCCUAUUUAGCAAAUUGCAUACCUCUUAUCUUGGAUCCAAGGUACAAGCAUGGGUUUGUUAAGUUUAGACUGGAACAAGCUUUUGGAAAGAAGGAUUCAGAACAUCAUAUUGCAAAAGUGGACGAGGUCAUGCAUAAGAUCUUCAAAGAAUAUUCUCUUCAAAUAGGAGAAUCUGCUGCUGAUAACUCAGAAGAAGAAGAUGACGCGGAUGCAGUGCUAGGAGAUGAGAAUCCUUUGGCUGAUUGGGAAGCCCAUCUCAAAGUGCAAAACAAACAGGUAGCAUCAGAGCUUGAUAGGUACUUGAAUGAAGAUCUAUUUCCCAAAAGAAAAGUAUUCGACAUUUUGGGAUGGUGGAAAAUAAAUGCACCUAAAUUUCCUAUCCUAUCUAGUAUUGCACGUGACCUGCUAGCUGUGCAAGCGUCUACUGUGGCGUCUGAAUCAGUGUUUAGCAUUGGUGGGAGAGUUGUUAGUGAUUAUAGGAGUAGGCUGAAAAGUGGUACGGUCGAGGGCUUGAUUUGCUUGCAGGACUGGCUACAAGCUGCUGACCCUUCAUACAUCAACAAAAAAACCAACACUGAUGAUGAUGUGGAUGAAGAGUGUCAGGUAUUAUUGCCCUCAGUUGCUGAAGCUGCUACUUAUUCACUUGUACUACUCUUGUGUGUAGCCAAGCUGGCGCCGGCCAAAUGUAUCGACAAGGGAGUUACCUUGAUGGCCAAUAUUGGUUAUGGUUCUGACAAGAAAACCAGGCUCUGCAGCCAGUAG